CCUCCACCAUGUCAGAUGCUACAGAGCAGCCGAAGAAAGAGAGGUUCGCGCCAAAGCAACCCGUCACACUGAAUCCACCGAAGGAUGAUGUCAUUGAGCGCGAUUACCUCGCAAAGUGUGAUGGUACAAAUGAUGGAUUUCCAACUCUAGUCGCUAUCAAGGGUGACGUCUUUGACGUGAGUGGUAAAGAGACGUAUGCACCCGGGAAGGGCUAUCACGUCUUUGCGGGGAAAGAGCCCAACCGCGCCCUUGGGCUUUCUUCCCUCAAGCCUGAAGAUUGCAUAUCUGACUACUCAGAACUUUCCGAUAAGGAAAAGCAAGUACUCAACGAUUGGCAUACGUUCUUCAGCAAGCGGUACAACAUAGUCGGCCGAUUGCCUUCGGAGGGUGCUAAUCUUUGAAUAACAUUCUUCUCCAAGUCCCGGCUAGGAGACGAACCAUUAUUGACUAGCACAAUGCAGAGAAGCAAAUCAAGAAGGCUACAAUCUCAUCUGUGUAAUCAUUCCGUCGCGGUUGCUUUGUCAUCAGUAACGCCCCCAAUCUCUGUUUAAUGACGACUAUCAACUGCCCAUACACAAAUCACCUUCACCUACCAGUUGAUCUUGUACGGCCCGGUAAUAGGAGACUAUUGGCGUACUCAUAGUGCAGAGAUUCAAUAGCCGGCAGAUUUCUUAUAUAGCUCCUACUCCACCAGCCUGCCUAGCGACUCGGCAAGUACCACAGAUCGACACUAACCCACACCAUAGUUUGCCAAUCGACAUCCACAGUGCAAUCUCUAGCAUCGUACCGUGUUGUCUUUGCUAAGAAGGGGACUUUACCAUUAGUGCGAUAAGAGAGUGCACAACUUCUGCAGCAGCCAGAACGGUGGUUU